CCACAUUUCCCAUCCCGCCUAUCCUAUCCCACCUGCAGCAGCGCCAGCUCUCUCACAAGUUUCCCCCACCAAACCAAACCCACCAUAUCGACACCAGCACACGCGUCUCCCUCUACCUCACACCUCCACACGCUCACCACCAGAACACAGCAACACCGCAAGCAUGUCCGCCCCCGCCGCCGCCGCCACGGGCAAACCCAAGACCAAAAAAUCCAGCAAGGCCAAAUCCUCCACAGCCGCAGACGACGGAAGAGUCCACAAGCUCUCACUCAAGGGCUCGUCGAAGCUCGUGAGCGAAUUCUUCGAAUACAGCAUCAACAGCAUCCUCUUCCAGCGGGGCGUGUACCCGGCGGAAGACUUCGCAGCGGUGAAAAAGUACGGACUGAACAUGCUGGUCACCGCCGACGACCAGGUGCGCGCGUACAUCCGCCGCAUCAUGUCGCAGCUGCACCGGUGGAUGGCCGGCGGGAAGAUCAGCAAGCUUGUCGUUGUCAUUGCCAGCAAGGAUACGGGAGAGCCACUGGAGAGGUGGCAGUUUGAUGUUCAGUUGCUGCAGCAGAAGAAACAGAAAGCUGCCGCUGUGCCAGAGAUACCGGACGAAAACGGCGUCGCACCGGAGACGGAGCCUGCGGCAGCUGCGGCGGAGGUGCACAAAGACAAGACCGAAAAAGAGAUCCAAGAAGAGAUCCAGUCGUUGUUCCGGCAGAUCACUGCGAGCGUGACGUUCCUGCCGAUGCUGGAUGGACGGUGCACCUUCAACGUGCUGGUGUAUGCCGACGGCGACGCCGACGUGCCCAUGGAGUGGGGCGACUCCGACGCCAGGGAGAUUGUCGACGGCGAGAAGGUAACCCUCCGGAGCUGGGGCACGAGUAGUCAUCGUGUCGAUACGUUGGUUAGUUACAAGCUCGCGGAUUGAAGGCUAGAUUGAAAACUGGAUGAACGGGUGGAUAACGAUGCUAUGAGGAUGGAUCUUUUUUUGGUGUUUUGUUUUCUUCUUCUGAAGGCUUGCUUGAUUUACUUGGUUGGACAAUAAUACUAUCACGUCACAAUCCUGAACUCCGCUGUCAUGGUUGA